GGGACGGAGGAGCUGCUACGCCGCCGUACCCGAUUCAAGAUCCAGCCCAUAUUAUGGCUGGCAGUGGGUCCAGAUCAGGACCAUCCAGUGGGUUUUCCAUGAAAUCACAGCUUCAGAUCACUGUUAUUUCAGCAAAACUAAAAGAAAAAAAUAAAUGGUUUGGACCUAGCCCUUAUGUGGAAGUCUCAGUAGAUGGACAGUCAAAGAAGACAGAAAAAUGCAACAAUACAAAUAGUCCAAAGUGGAAACAGCAUCUUACAGUAAUUGUCACUCCAGUAAGUAAAUUAAACUUUCGAGUCUGGAGCCAUCAAACAUUAAAAUCUGAUGUUCUUCUGGGAAGUGCUGCUCUGGAUAUUCAUGAGACUUUGAAAUCAAACAGUAUGAAACUUGAGCAGGUAGUGGUGACACUGCAUCUUGUUGGUGACAGAGAACCAGCAGAAGUGGUAGGAGAUUUGUCUGUCUGUCUAGAUGGGAUGCAGGUAGAUCCUGAGCUCCUAACCAAUGGUGAUGCCUCAAGUACAAGAAGUCCUGCACAGAAUGAUAGCUCCAAUGUAAGGAAUGAUACACGGACUAACUCAAAUGGCCUUGAAAGCUGUGAAGAUGCUACUCCCAAUGAAAACAAGACUGUUAAUGGCAGUGAUUCUCCAUUACUCACAAAUGGAAACUGCAAACCUUCUAGACCUCCCAGGCCUUCUAGACCACCUCCACCCACUCCCCGCAGACCCACUUCAGUAGCUGCAAGUGUAAAUGGUCCUUCAUCCACAUCCACAGAAAAUGAUGGGGCCAGUGCAGGAUCACUGGCAGGUACAGCUGCAAAUACAUCUUCAGAACAGAGCCCAGAGGGGGCAACAGCUGCAACAACAGCUCCUGCAACUGCUGCACUCACCACACCUCCAGUAUCAAGACAAGUCCAGCCAGUAAAUCCUCCACCUCAGGCGCUUACUACAGUCAGUCAAGGUCCUCUUCCACCGGGUUGGGAGCAAAGAGUAGACCAACAUGGUCGAGUAUACUAUGUAGAUCAUGUUGAAAAAAGAACGACGUGGGAUCGGCCAGAGCCUCUUCCUCCAAGCUGGGAGCGACGAGUUGACAACAUGGGGAGAAUUUAUUACGUUGACCACUUCACUAGAACAACAACGUGGCAGAGACCAACAUUAGAGUCUGUCCGAAAUUAUGAGCAGUGGCAGCUUCAGCGCAGUCAGCUUCAAGGAGCUAUGCAGCAAUUUAAUCAGAGAUUUAUAUAUGGGAACCAGGACUUUUCAUCCACACAGAACAAAGAGUUUGAUCCUCUUGGCCCUCUGCCACAUGGAUGGGAAAAGAGAACUGACAGCAACGGCAGAGUGUAUUUUGUCAAUCACAACACACGAAUCACUCAAUGGGAAGAUCCCAGGAGUCAGGGUCAAUUAAAUGAGAAACCCUUACCGGAGGGCUGGGAAAUGCGAUUUACCGUGGAUGGUAUUCCGUAUUUUGUGGAUCACAAUAGAAGAACAACUACAUACAUAGAUCCCCGCACGGGCAAGUCUGCUCUAGACAAUGGACCCCAGAUAGCUUAUGUGCGUGAUUUCAAAGCAAAGGUCCAUUAUUUCAGAUUCUGGUGUCAGCAACUGGCAAUGCCACAACACAUAAAGAUUACAGUGAGCAGAAAAACAUUAUUUGAGGACUCAUUUCAACAGAUAAUGAGCUUCAGCCCUCAGGAUCUAAGGAGACGAUUAUGGGUUAUUUUCCCUGGUGAAGAAGGCUUAGAUUAUGGAGGUGUUGCAAGGGAAUGGUUCUUUCUAUUGUCACAUGAAGUUUUGAACCCAAUGUAUUGCCUGUUUGAAUACGCAGGGAAAGAUAACUACUGCUUACAGAUAAACCCAGCCUCUUAUAUUAAUCCAGACCAUCUGAAAUACUUCCGAUUUAUUGGAAGAUUCAUUGCCAUGGCUUUGUUCCAUGGGAAAUUCAUUGACACUGGUUUCUCUCUGCCGUUCUAUAAACGUAUCAUAAACAAGCCAGUAGGACUCAAGGAUUUAGAAUCUGUUGACCCAGAGUUUUACAACUCUCUCAUCUGGGUAAAAGAGAAUGAUAUUGAAGAAUGUGGCUUGGAAAUGUUUUUCUCAGUUGACAAAGAAAUUCUAGGUGAAAUCAAAAGCCAUGAUUUGAAGCCAAAUGGUAGCAACAUUCUGGUCACAGAAGAAAACAAAGAAGAAUACAUUAGGCUAGUAGCAGAAUGGAGACUUUCCCGAGGUGUUGAGGAGCAGACACAGGCUUUCUUUGAAGGUUUCAAUGAAAUUCUGCCACAACAGUAUUUGCAGUAUUUUGAUGCUAAGGAACUGGAGGUGCUUCUCUGUGGAAUGCAAGAAAUUGAUUUGAAUGACUGGCAGAGGCAUACCAUCUACCGGCACUAUACCAGGACCAGCAGACAGAUAGUGUGGUUCUGGCAGUUUGUGAAAGAAAUAGAUAAUGAGAAGAGAAUGAGACUCUUGCAGUUUGUUACUGGAACAUGCAGAUUACCAGUGGGAGGAUUUGCUGACCUCAUGGGGAGCAACGGACCCCAAAAAUUUUGUAUUGAGAAAGUUGGAAAGGAAAACUGGUUACCUAGAAGUCAUACCUGUUUCAAUCGCUUAGACCUUCCACCCUAUAAGAAUUACGAGCAGUUGAAGGAAAAGCUGUUGUUCGCAAUUGAAGAAACAGAAGGAUUUGGGCAAGAAUAGCUUAGAAUUUGCACCUUGAAGAACGUGAACUCAACACGAUGUAUGUUCUUCACUUCUUCUGCUUGUUGCACACUUCGUUGUAAAGUAGACUUGACUUGGAUUUAUUUAACAAUACUAAUGUAUAGGUUAAAUGGAUGUUAUCCUGAGGUUGUAUCCACAUUAACUCUGGAUUUCUACUGAGCACUUUCAGAAAUCAAAUGAGCAAUCAGAUAUGGCUACAAAUGAAUUAUGACCUAAGUAGAAGUUUAAUACAACUUUGGGCUCUGCUUUGUUUUACUAUUCAUUAAUUAGAAUGUGUCCUUAAUGACUGACAGAUUUUUAACAAUAGUUUUGUCUUUCCUUUAUAGUAGCAUUUUUUGCUACUGAUGCACUGGGAAGUUCAUUGGUAGCUGCAAUGCUGCAGCAUCAUCGUAAGCCUCUUUACAGCAGUGUUAUUAAAGCCAGGUUGUAACCACCCUCUACGUACCGUGAGCAGAUACAUUGCUUGAGCUCUUUUUUCUAACUCAAGUGUGGCCAGACUGUUUUUUCCCUGCCUGGAGUCUGCUCACAUGCCAGCUGGACUAAAGCUGCUGUUAAGGGGAUGUCAAACUGUGGCACAAAUCCAGGGCAUAGCUCUGCUUUAUUUUUUCUCAAUCCUGCUAAUUUCAGCAAAAUAGACACCUGCCCAAAGUUGUUGGAACAUUUCUGUGUGCCCUCAGAAGAAUUUUGAUCUUUUUCUGUGUAACGCAUUUAACUUUUAAAUCAAUAUUAACACUGUGGUACGUCACUUGUUUUGCAAAAGACAAGACCGCCUGGGAUUGCACUGACUCCAUUUAGAUUCCUGUUUGCAGACUGAUGUUUCUUGUCAGAAGUGUUAAUGGACAUUAUUCUCAGUGUUAUUCUUACAUGUUGCAGUCAGUUUGCUCUGAAGACUUUAUUGGGUUCUCAGGAAGAGGUACAAAACAACUGGAUUCAGAAAAUGAUAAUACUUAUCAUUUUUGCUGAUGAACUGAUAGGCAAUACUGGCCAAAGCUAAGAGGAUUAGAAAGUUCAGACACAGAUUACAGAUUUUUGAAGAGCUGGAGCAUCAGUAAAUAGUUCUAUAAAGAUUGAAACUCAAGUUUUUGAGGGAGGUUUCUAAGCUAAU